AUGUUUUCGAGAUUUGCGAUCCUAUUGGUAACAAUACCAACUCUAGUAUGGGGCCUCGAUCAAACUACAUGCAACCGAAACGUGGGGCGACUCAAUUCGAUUGCGUAUCUCGUAAUCCCGUACAAUGGCUGUGUUGCAUGUGUGAAUGUUGAGCUGGCCGGCGGACUGAAGCCAGAGAUCAGUAUCAAUCCUGAUGCAGCGAAUGUUUGGAUGUUCAAAGGAUGUUUCUCUAAAUCGUUGGGUAUCACUAGCCCCUGUGGUGAUGCUUAUGGCUAUGCAUUGGGCGCAGGAAGUCUAUUCUUCGACACAGACCAGCAUGUUCAUCAUCUGAAGACAUCGCAGUCGCCGCGCAGACGGUUCUUUAUGAUUUGCAGGACAAUGGACACCAGGCAGGAAACAAAAUUGAUGCUUUUCAGCGUUCUUAUCAAAGGCUAUUCUUAG